GCACAGUUGAUAUCGUUUCUUCUCUCCUCUCUUUAUUCUUCUUCUUCUCCUCAUGGAGAUUCCGCUGCUUUUUCUGAUCGUAUCAGUGCCUACAAUUUCAUUGUGUUGUUGAUUGGUCUCGAUUUGAAGACGCCAAGAAGAAUAUAUCUUUGAAAUCAGCAUCGGAAUUAUCGAAUCUAGGGUUUUAGAGUGCUGGGUUUCUUCACUAGGUUUCUGUUGCUUGAUCUUGUUCAUGGUGGGUUACAUCUGAUUUUGGUGUUUGAAUUGUUUAGUCAUACGGAAUUUGAAUUGAGAUGGGUAAUGUUGAAAUUCCGAAUUGGCUUAAAGCUUUGCCAUUGGCACCUGUGUUUAGACCUACAGACACUGAAUUUGCAGAUCCCAUUGCGUAUAUAUCGAAAAUCGAGAAGGAAGCUAGUGCUUUUGGGAUUUGCAAGAUCAUUCCUCCUUUACCCAAGCCAUCGAAAAAGUAUGUUUUCUAUAACUUGAACAAGUCUCUUUUGAAGUGUCCGGAGUUGGUUUCGGAUGUUGACUUUUCCAAGGUGUGUAAAGAGGAUAGAGCUGUAUUCACCACUAGGCAGCAAGAAUUAGGCCAGGCUGUGAAAAAAACGAAAGGAGAGAAGAGUAAGAGUAAUUCUCAAAGGAGUGGUGUUAAGCAGGUUUGGCAAAGUGGAGGCGUAUAUACAUUGGAGCAGUUUGAAACUAAGUCGAGAACUUUCUACAAAAGCCAAUUAGGAACGGUUAAAGAAGUGUCACCAGUUGUCAUUGAGGCAUUGUUCUGGAAAGCGGCUUCAGAGAAACCUAUGUAUAUAGAGUAUGCUAAUGAUGUGCCUGGCUCUGCUUUCGGUGAGCCAGAGGGUCAUUUCAGACAUUUCCGGCAGAGGAAGAGGAGGGGCAGGGGAUUUUAUCAGAGGAAGACAGAAAUCAAUGACCCAUCAGGUAAGAACAGUGAAAACUCAUCCCCUGAGGUAGAAAAGGCACCCCUUGCUUCUACAAGUUUAUCAUCUCAGGAUUCGUCCAAGCAGAAGAACGUGGAUAUUGUUGAUGAAAUGGAAGGCACUGCAGGCUGGAAGCUCUCCAACAGUUCGUGGAACCUUCAGACGAUUGCACGUUCACCUGGUUCUGUUACACGUUUCAUGCCAGAUGACAUCCCUGGUGUCACAUCUCCCAUGGUUUAUAUCGGUAUGUUGUUCAGCUGGUUUGCCUGGCACGUUGAGGAUCAUGAGCUUCACAGUAUGAAUUAUCUUCACACUGGCUCACCAAAGACUUGGUACGCUGUCCCUUGUGAUUAUGCGCUUGACUUUGAAGAGGUUAUCCGCAAAAAUUCUUAUGGCAGAAACAUUGACCAAUUGGCUGCUCUCACCCAACUAGGCGAAAAGACAACUCUUGUAUCACCUGAGAUGAUAGUUGCAUCUGGCAUUCCCUGCUGUAGGUUGGUACAAAAUCCUGGUGAAUUUGUUGUGACUUUUCCGAGGUCUUAUCAUGUAGGAUUCAGCCACGGUUUUAACUGUGGGGAAGCCGCUAAUUUUGGAACCCCACAGUGGCUCAACGUAGCUAAGGAAGCUGCUGUGCGUCGGGCAGCCAUGAAUUAUCUACCCAUGCUGUCCCAUCAGCAGCUGCUAUAUCUCUUGACCAUGUCCUUUGUUUCGAGAGUGCCACGAUCAUUGCUACCAGGUGGUCGUAGCUCCCGACUGAGAGAUCGGCAGAGAGAAGAAAGAGAGUUCCUUGUGAGAAGAGCUUUUGUAGAAGAUAUAUUGAACGAAAACAAGAAUUUAUCUGUUCUUCUUCGAGAACCAGGCUCUCGUUUGGUGAUGUGGGACCCUGAUUUACUUUCGCGUCAUAGCGCACUGGCUCUUGCAGCUGCUGGAGUUCCUGCUGCUUCUGCUGUUUCACCUCCAGCAGUGGCAACAAAUGAACUUGAGGAGGGUCAUUCUGAAUUGCAGAAUAAAGAGAAGACUACUCUUUUAGAGGAAUUGAGCUUGUUCAUGGAGAAACUGAAUGAUGUAUACUACGACGAUGAUGAUGGUCUGCUUAACGAAUUCCAAGUUGAUUCUGGAACCUUGCCAUGUGUGGCGUGUGGCGUUCUUGGCUUCCCUUUUAUGUCUGUGGUCCAGCCUUCAGAAAAAGCAUUAAAAGAUCUCUCAGAGAGACAAGGAGAGACAGAUGCUCAGGAAAUUACUACACUGUCAUCAGAAAAGUCUGACUGCGAAUGGAAAAAGUCUUCUAGAUAUAUAAGACCUCGCAUUUUCUGCCUUGAACACACUAUUGAACUUCAGAGACUGCUGCAAUCCAGAGGUGGACUGAAGUUCCUUGUAAUUUGCCAUAAAGACUUUCAAAAAUUUAAGGCACAUGCGGCUAUAGUGGCAGAGGAGGUCAAAGUCCCUUUCAGCUAUGAUGAUGUCCUGUUAGAGAGUGCAUCUCAGGAAGAGUUGAGUCUAAUUGAUCUUGCAAUUGAAGAUGAAGAAAACUACGAACACGGUGUAGACUGGACCUCAGAACUUGGCAUCAAUUUACGGUACUGUGUUAAAGUGAGGAAAAAUUCCCCUACUAAGAAAAUUCAGCAUGCACUGUCACUAGGUGGCUUGUUCUCCGAUACAAGCCAGAUGCUAGAUAUUUCAACUAUGAGAUGGCUGCAGAGAAAAUCACGCUCAAAAGCUAAACCCAUUUCUACCUCAAGUUUCACACCUCGUGAACAUCUUGAAGUAAAAGCAGAUGGAAAAUUAAGGGAUAAUUUGGAUUCUCAGGCCGGAAAAAAGGAAGAAAAGAUCAUCCAGUACUCUAGAAAGAAAAAGUUGAAUCCAAAGCCUUCUGCAGAACAAGGUCAGGAGCUAGCUACCCUAGCUAAAUCAAAAGAUUUUGAUAAGACAUGCAAUAAAUUUACCAAUAGGUCACAUCUGGAUAGUGCAAUUCGUUCUGAGAUGAACAGUGAGAUUGGAGACUCUGGAAGGGUCAUUGGGGUAUCAUUUUCCAUAAAUCCUUGUAGCUCAUCUUUCACUGUGGGACAUGGGCAAGAACAUCCCGAGAUCACUGUCAAGUUUGGUUCAGCUUUAGAUAUGAAUGUCACAAAUAGUUCCAGUAUGGGGAAUACAGACUCUGCUGACCUAACCUUAACCUCCAUAUCUAGAGAGCACCAAGGACACUCUUUGACCAGCAACAAUAAUGGCUCCAACUCAGGUAGUCAUGUUGUGGCAAGCCAGACCAUACUUGUUUCUACAGAUAAUAAUCAUGGUGGACCAAGAAAAUUGUCUGGUGAUUAUGUCUGCAGUGAUGUGUCUGUACGUGGUAUUCAGGAAGCGGUUGAAAUGAGUGACCAAGAGUUUGGAGAACCUAGGUCUACUGUCACUAAUAUCGAGGAUGAACAGCAAUCAAAGAUGGUGCAACCAACCAAAAGAGAAGCUGUAUCUGGUGAUCACGCACAGGUGGAGGGAGCAGAAGCUGUGUGUACCAUAGAAAACUUGUGCUCUGAAAUUAUUUUGCACACUGAGCAUUCUUCAGCUCAAGUGGGUAUGGAAAUUCCUGAAAUAAACACGGCCAGUGAGAACAUAGUUGUUGACAUGACCCAUGAUGGUGAACCUUUGGAAAGUAGCGAUAUAUUAAGUUCGAGCAACGGUGAUCAAGCUUCUUCAAAUGGAUUGCAAGUUCUAGAUGAUGAGCUUAGCAUGGAGAGCGAAGUUUCAAGCUCAGAAAACACUGAGGUUAUCGAGGCUCCCAAUUCUAUGGGAGAAACAAAGAAGAAGCGGAAAAUAGAAUCAGAGUCUGAGACAAAUGAUAAUCUAGAGAGUAGCAUUGGUUUCAUAAGGAGUCCUUGUGAAGGGUUGAGGUCAAGGGGUAAGAGGAAAGAAACAUGUGAAACUUCAUUAAAGCUCACUGAAACUAGUGAUGAAGAGAAGGAUCCCAUUGCGAAAAAGCUCAAGAAAACUCCAAAGGCUUGCUCAGGGAGUCGUCACCAAGAAGUCCCCACGACAACUCACCCCAACUGUUGUUACCUAGAGGGAUGCAAGAUGACUUUUGAGAGUAAGGCGAAAUUACAAGCUCACAAGAGAAACCGGUGCACUCACGAAGGGUGUGGAAAGAAAUUCAGGGCUCACAAAUAUCUGGUGCUUCAUCAACGUGUUCAUAACGAUGAAAGACCUUUCGAGUGCUCUUGGAAAGGAUGUUCCAUGACUUUCAAAUGGCAAUGGGCGAGGACAGAGCAUUUGCGUCUGCACACAGGAGAACGACCAUACAAAUGCAAGGUGGAUGGAUGCGGACUGUCGUUUAGGUUUGUAUCGGAUUAUAGUCGCCACAGACGGAAAACCCUGCACUAUGUCACAUAGAACGGCAAAUGAAUGCUGCAAAAUGAUGGCUGGAGAAAGUGAAAGGGCCUCUCUUUGGAAUUGAGAGUUGUUGUAAGAUCUAAUAGCUGGUUGGUUUUUUUAGUUGUUGUCUAGUGUUUUAGACCGUUGUUAUGUCUCUUUUUGUAGUAGAUGUGACUUCUUUCCACUUUUGAGAAGGGCCUCACUCACACUCUUGU